GCUCACAACUCCACUACGACUGACGGACGACGGUCCAAUAUACCUUCCCCGGCGACUUCUUCUUCUUCCCCACGAAGCUUCAACCUCUGCUCCAACCAAUUUACGUGUCUGCAAAUCUAAGAUCUGACGUUGGAGUUUUCAUACAGAAAUGAAUCCCAAAGGCUUGAUUUAUAGCUUUGUUGCAAAAGGGACUGUUGUUCUAGCAGAGCACACACACUAUUCUGGGAACUUUAGUACCAUUGCCGUCCAGUGUUUGCAGAAGCUGCCUUCUAAUAGCAACAAGUAUACUUAUUCAUGUGACGGGCAUACAUUCAACUUUCUUAUUGACAGUGGAUUUGUUUUUCUUGUUGUUGCUGAUGAAUCAUUGGGAAGAAACGUGCCUUUUGUUUUUCUUGAGAGAGUGAAGGAUGACUUCAAGCAGCGUUAUGGUGCUAGUAUAAAAGGUGAUGGUCCACACCCUCUUAUUGAUGAUGAUGAAGAUGAUGAUCUCUUUGAGGACCGGUUUAGCAUUGCAUAUAAUCUCGAUAGAGAAUUUGGGCCAAAGCUCAAAGAGCACAUGGAGUACUGCAUGAACCAUCCAGAAGAAAUGAGCAAGCUUUCUAAACUGAAGGCUCAAAUAACAGAGGUUAAAGGAAUAAUGAUGGACAACAUCGAGAAGGUUUUGGACAGGGGCGAGAGGAUUGAACUGCUAGUCGAUAAAACAGAAAGCCUUCAGUUUCAGGCUGACAGCUUUCAGAGGCAGGGAAGGCAACUCCGCCGGAAGAUGUGGCUGCAGAGCCUUCAAAUGAAGUUAAUGGUGGGAGGAGCGGUCGUUCUUCUGAUUAUGAUCGUCUGGCUCAUCUCUUGCGGUGGUUUCAAAUGUUGAUAACGUUCUUGGACAUUCUUGUCCCUAUGAUCUUUGCUGCUGCCCAGCCACCUGCUUGUACAAAAAAUACUUUAGCAUACUCUGGUAAAUGCUCUUGACUGUUUUCUUGUUCCUUGCGCAGCUUCUUCUUCUUCUUCUUCUCUACUUUGUUGUUCUUCUGUAGUAUUCAACCUAUGUUUUAUUUAGCUCUUGUGCCUCAUAAAGAUAAAAUAUGGGACAAAGUUUAACUUCCCAAGUAUUAUGUAUUAAGAAAACCAGUUGAUAUACUGGUUCGUAUAUAUCUUUUUACAUGUACUCCGUGCAUGUUUUGUCGAGUACGAGGAUACGAUUAAUCCUAAUGUAGGGCGUUGUUAUUGCAAUAUUUGCAUGUAUGUUUUUGGUUAAUCGUUUUACAUAUGAUUAUCGUCUGUGUCUGUAUAAAUCAUCUGUGAUUGU